AUACUUAAUGAUUGUGCCGUUUGCGUUAUUAUUAUUUAUGUGGAGGGAAUGCAGUAGGUUUGAAUCGAAAGCACUGUUUUCUUUGAUCGAAAGUAAAUUAAAGCGAUUUCUAUAAAUUGUGCUGAUAUGUUGGGUUUGAAUAGAUGAAUGUGGUUCGGUGGGUUAACCUUAAUUUUGGUGAUUUUUCUACCUUUUUUAUGUUUUGAAAUGUCACCCGAUAGUAAAUGUUUGUUAAAAAAGUCUAUAACGAAGAGAAAAAAAUCAAGUAUUUUAUCUUCAAGCUCUAAGAAAAAGUGUGUAAUUAAUAAUAGAACUUCCGAGGUCAUAGGCAGUGAAAAACUAGAUCCACAUGAACCAGCCAGCAUACUUGAGAUUCAAUCGCAGGAAUCUAAAAUCAAACUUUCUGAUUCUUUUGUAAUUUCUACCCAGCAGAAGCUUGAUUUAAAAUACUGGGGGCUUCCAGAGCCAAUUUUGAAGCAAUAUGAGGCUCGAGGGAUCGUCUCCAUGUUCCCGUGGCAAGUGGAGUGCCUCAGCCGGGGCCGGGUGUUGGCAGGCGGCAACCUGGUGUACUCCGCCCCCACGUCUGCUGGUAAGACACUGGUGGCCGAAAUCCUCACCGUCAAAACGGUUUUAGAGAAACGCAAGAAGGUGAUCAUAAUUCUUCCCUUCGUGUCAGUGGUGCGGGAGAAAAUGUUCUAUUUUCAGGGGCUACUGAGCAGCAGCGGGGUGCGAGUGGAGGGGUUGAUGGGUGGUCGCAGUCUGCCCGGGGGCUUCAAGAACGUUGAUAUCGCCAUCUGCACAAUCGAGAAGGCCAACAGCCUAGUCAACAGGCUGCUGGAGGACGGCGCGCUGGGGGACGUGGGCUGCGUGGUGGUCGACGAGCUGCACCUCCUGGGGGACCCCUUCAGGGGCUACCUGCUGGAGCUGCUGCUCACCAAGGUCAAGUACAUGUGCGCCACGGACGUGGCAGUGAGGGUCCAGGUGGUGGGCAUGUCUGCCACGCUGCCCAACCUGCCCCUCCUGGCCGGCUGGCUGGACGCGGAGGUCUACCAGACGGAGUUCCGCCCCGUGCCCCUGCAGGAGUUCCUGAAGGUGGGGUCCGUGGUGUACGACAGCUCCCUGCGCCGGCUGCACGAUGUGUGUCCUGCGCUGUCCAUCUCUAACGACCAAGACCACGUGAUAUGGCUGUGCCUGGAGACGGUGCUGAACGGACACUCCGUGCUCGUGUUCUGCCCCACCAAGGCCUGGUGCGAGAAGCUGGCUCAGCACAUCGCCAAGGAGUUCUGCAGUAUCGGCAACUCGGGCCACCGAGUGGGGGCAGAGCUGCGCGCCCAGCUGAGCUACCAGGCGGUCGUCGAGGUGCUGGAGCAGCUGAAGGGGUGCCCCGCCGGGCUGGACCAGGUCCUCCGGCGCACCGUGGCCUUCGCCGUCGCCUUCCACCACGCAGGGAUGACGUUGGAGGAGCGGGACAUAGUGGAGGGGGCGUUCAGGUCGGGCACGCUGCGAGUGCUGGUCGCCACGUCGACCCUCUCCUCCGGGGUCAACCUCCCCGCGAGGCGCGUCAUCGUGAGGUCGCCCACCUUCGCAGGCCGUGUGCUCGAGGCGCAGACGUACCGCCAGAUGAUCGGCCGUGCCGGUCGCAUGGGUCGAGAUACUGCAGGGGAGAGCUACCUGCUGAGCCAGCGGGGCGAGCAGCGCCUGGCGGAGCAGCUGGUGCGGGCGGAGCUGGCCCCGGUGCAGAGCUGCCUGGGCGAGGGACACCUGUCCGCGAGCCUCAAGAGGGCCGUCCUCGAGGUGGUGGCCAGCGGGGCGGCCUGCACCCCGGCCCAGCUGCAGCUGUAUGCCGGCUCCACCCUGCUGGCGGCGACGCAGCCCGAUGUGGCCAGCCCCAUCGCCGCCUGCGUGCGCUUCCUGGUGGAGGAGGAGCUGGUGCGGGAGGGGGAGGGGGGCAAGUACGUGGCCACCCCGCUGGGGCAGGCCUGCCUGGCCGCGUCCCUGCCCCCGGACCAGGGCCUGGAGCUGUUCGCGGAGCUGGGGAGGGCUCGCCAGUGCUUCGUGCUCGACAACGACCUGCACGUCAUCUACCAGGUUACACCUUAUAGCGUGUCCUCACAGUGGGGUAACUUGGAUUGGCUUCAUAUGCUGUCGUUGUGGGAGGAGCUGUCGCCUGGCAUGCGGCGUGUGGGUGAGCUGGUGGGGGUGGAGGAGAGGUUCAUAGUGCGUGCCAUGCGGGGAACCAUCAAGGUCGAGGCCAGCAAGCAGAAUCAGAAGCUGUCUAUUCAUCGGCGGUUCUACACGGCGCUGGCUCUGCAGGACCUUGUCAACGAAGUGCCGCUGGCGGACGUUGCCUCCAAGUUUCGCUGCUCUAGGGGCAUGUUGCAAUCUCUGCAGCAGUCCGCGGCCACUUUCGCAGGCAUGGUGACGGCAUUCUGCCGGCGGCUGGGCUGGGCCAGCUUCGAGCUGCUGGUGUCGCAGUUCCAGGACCGCCUGCAGUUCGGAGUGCGGCGCGAGCUGUGCGACCUCAUGAGGCUGGACGCCCUCAACGGCCCGCGGGCCCGCGCCCUCUUCGACACCGGCAUCACCACGCUCUCGGCCCUCGCGGUGGCCGAUGUCACCUCCGUCGAGGACGCGCUGCACAAGGCGAUGCCUUUCCAGACGUCGAAGGAGUUGGAUGGGGAAACUUCAUUUGACACGGCGCAGCGCAACAAGAUGAAGCAUGUCUGGGUGACGGGUCGCCGGGGCCUCACGGAGAGGGAGGCUGCCGAACUGCUCGUAGCAGAGGCCCGAGACCUUCUCAGGAAAGAACUUGGGGUAGCAGAUGUGAAAUGGGAUGUCACUAAUGGUCAGUCAAGUUUUUCUGACUAUGGUAGUGAAGAUUCCAAUCAUGGAAAGUCACAGCACAAGCAAAUUGAUGUUUCUGACAUUGUGGAUACUUAUUUAGUUUUGAAGACACAUUCAAGGACUCAGGACCAUGACAUGGAGGUCGAAAAGAAUGAUCAUGCUGUUGCAAGUCAGAAGAUAUCCGCCUGCAGUGAUGCCACUUCUGUGCAGUUUCAAAAUGAAGUGUGUGAAGGGGACAAAGUGGAGGGCUUAGGUAUUACGUCACGUGCACCAUCACCGGUAAAUUUUUUGUGGCCCGGACAAAGUAAGUCAAAAUUCCAUCUCCAGUCUCAGCAUGAUGAUCGAAAAACUUGCGGAGAAACUGUUAAUGACUUAGAGGAGCCGUGUUCAAAAAGUAACACGCAUGCAGCAGUGCAUCCAGACCCAGAGAUGUCACCUGCUCCAGUCAUUUGUUCAAUGAAAGUUGAUAGUGAUAAGUCUGCAAGGGGCGAAUCACCUUACAGAAAAAGUGUGGCAGAACAGGUUGCAGUUUCAACUCCACGCGGGGUCGUGAGAGACGAGAUAAUGGAUUAUUUUUCGUCGCCCUUCGAGUUGGCGAGCAGCUCGGUCACCGGGGAACACCGGGACGUCCCGGGUGGGGCGGGCCGGCAGUCACCGUCGUUCGGGGGCGGUGCCUGCAUCUCUCCAAUUGCAGCCGACCGCAGCAACAGCACCAAGGACAGCUCCGACCUGUUCUCGUCACCCUCGGCCGGCACUUGCUCCAACCUCUUUGUCGACAGUCUGCUAAUAGACACCCAGCUGAAAGGUGUGCUGGAUGCUUGCCAGAGCAAGCCUGCAGAGGUUUCUCAGGCGUCUCCGGAGGCUGAGUACUCGAGCCCUGUUAUAAAUAAGCUGAAGAUGACAACCAAAAAAGCUACUGAUAGAACAAAGCAAAAAAAGAGUAAACAUUCUUCAGAGAUGAUAAACACACCUUUAACAAGCAGAUCUGAACUAGAUAGAAAAGGACUUCAAAAAAAAUCUUCUGUCACGAAAAAAGGCAGGAGGAAGGUUUCGGUGAGUACAUUGAGGUGGAGUGUAGACGAGAAUAGCUCUCUGGAUCAGUACAAAUACGCUGAAGAUUUUGAACUUAAGACAGUGGCGAACAUAUCUUCACCAUGGCUUCGAUCUGAAGGAAAAACUGUCCAUAUUUUCGAACCAGAGGAUUUAGAGGAGUUGCAGAGUUCAUUUAGAGUUCUUAGUGAUAACAGUGUGCUGAAUGGAACUAAAGAUAGUGUAUUGGCUGAGGAUAGAAUAACUGGUAAACCUUCUUCCAGCACAUCGUCCGAGCUGAAAGUUGGGUCACUUAAUUGUGAAAAGAGUGAAACUUGUAAUGAUUCUGAACCUCAUGGUAAAGAAAAUUUGGAUGUUGAUGUGUUAUCUAUUAAACCGGAAGCACUUGAGGUGGAUGACAUUAUAACAGAUUCAUUCCUAGAGAAAGCAUUUACUACUUACUGGAGCGCUGGUAGUGGUCAAGAGGGUUCUCCAAACAAUAAUGAAGAGUGUGUGUCCUUAAGCCCAGAACCACUUCAGAAAUCAAACCGUAAUUCACUUUGCAAGAAGCUGUUUUCAUCUACAGGUAAGGUGACCAGGCAAGAUGAAAUGGGAAAGAAAAGACCUCUGUCUUUGGGCAUGAAGAAAUUUAAAAUUCAUCCUUCUGCGAAGCAAUGCAAUUCAGCAGUUAAAAGCUCAUCCCGAAAUCUAGAACUUCUAUCAAGAACAUCACCAGAAAAUAAACAGUGUGAUUCCUCUAAACAUCCAGCAGUGACAUAUGGAAAUACUAAUGCCACAUCAGUUUUCUCUGAUGAGUUUGCAGGGAGUUUAAAAACUCCAAAAAAGAAAUCUCCAGGUGCUUUGAAACAGAAAUGUAAUUUGGAGGAUGAUAAAUUACUUGAAAACUACAGUUCAGAUGAUAACAUUGUGCUUUCCUCUCAGAAUGAUUCAGAUUCAACUGUGAACUCUCCGUGGAAGUCAAAAUCAUUGUACAUUUACAGUCCCUCCAUCAAGAAACAGCAGACGUCCACCAAACAUCCACAGACAGCUGUUGACAAGACUGUGUCUGGGAAAAGCAGGACAUCUUCUACAGUGGACCAGAAAAUGAAGAAGGAAAGUUGGACCAGCGUGAACAUCAUAGACGUGUGCGGCGACGCACAGCUGCUGGACACCUUCAGGACGGAGCUGAGGGGCCAGCGCUGCGUGUCGCUGUCCGUGGGCUGCGAGCGGGUGCCAGAGGAGCCCGGGAUCGGAGCUCGCAUCAUGGGGCGACGUCCCCAAGCGGUGCCAGGGCCCAUGCUGCAGAGCGGGGAGCGUGCAGUGUCAGGCGUCGCAGUGUGCUUCGGGGAGCGAGACGCCUACUACAUCUCACUCUCGGCCCGGCAAGGGAGGGUGUCGCUGGAGGAACGGCUGGCGGUGGUCCGCUCGAUGGCCCAGGGGGCCGAGUGGCUGGCCUCGCUACGAGUGUUCGACUGCAAGGAGCAGGCCAAGGUGCUGGGGCGCUGCUGCGGCCUCGCCCUGCACUGCCCCUGCGCCGAGGACCCCAAGGUCGCCGACUGGCUGCUGCAGCCCGACGGCAGGGAGAAGAACCUGCAGGCUCUGUGCCUGACGUACGCCGCAGAUUUAGUGUGGGUGGCGGACAAGGCGGGCCCCGUAAGAGGUGUUGGCAGCCCUGCGCUCAGCAUCGGCAGUUCCGUGCCUGCGCGGCUGCGCUGCUGCAUGGAGGCGGUGGUGACGUGGCACGUUGCACAAGCACAGAGACGUGUGCUCGAGGAGAGAGGCCUGCUGGCGUUGUAUUCAGAAGUGGAGAUGCCCACGCAGCUGUGCCUGGCUCGCAGCGAGCUGGCGGGGCUGGGGUUCAGCCGGCCCGAGGCCGAGCGUCUGCGGGCGCUCCUCGAGGGCCACAUGGGCGGCCUGGAGCGCCGGGCCUACCAGCUGGCCGGCCACCCCUUCUCCCUCUCCUCCCCGGCCGACGUGGCCAAGGUGCUGUACCGAGAGCUGAGGCUGGGUGGGGGGAAGGUUCCGGGCGGGAAGCAGCGGCCCAGCACCAACAAGGAGGCCCUGAUGAGGCUGAAGGGCGACCACCCCUUGCCGGGCAUCAUCCUGCAGUGGCGCAAGCUCAGCUCCACCGUCACCAAGAUGGUGUUCCCGUUGCUGAACACGUGUGUCGGGGAGCGCAUGUACGGCUGCAGCGUCACCCACACUGCCACCGGCCGCAUCUCCAUGCACGAGCCCAACCUGCAGAACAUCCCGCGGGACUUCGACAUCUCCUCGCCGGACGGCAAGCACAUCCCCGUCAGCAUGCGACUGGCCUUCGUCGCAGGGGAGGGCAGGAGCUUUGUGUCGGCUGACUACUCUCAGCUGGAACUGCGUCUUCUGGCCCACUUCUCGGCAGACCCACUGCUGUGCUCCAUCCUCAACUCUGGCCAUGACGUCUUCACCAGCAUUGCGUCUUCUUGGAACAAGAUCCCCGAGGCAGAGGUACUGACGGAACUGCGGCAGCGGGCCAAGCAGAUCUGCUACGGGAUGAUCUACGGCAUGGGGACGAAGGCUCUGGCAGAGCAGAUGGAGGUGGAUGAGUUGGUGGCUGCCAACUUUGUAGACUCCUUCAACAGAGCUUAUCCAGGAGUGAAGCAGUUCCUGCAGCAGGCGGUGUCCCAGUGCCGCAGCGCCGGCUACGUGGAGACGCUGAGAGGGCGGCGGCGAUACCUGCCCGCCAUCUCCAGCCCCAACGCCCUGCUGCGCAGCCACGCGGAGAGGCAGGCGGUGAACUCCACCAUCCAGGGCUCGGCGGCGGACGUGGCCAAGCUGGCGAUGGUGCGAGUGGACGGCCGGCUGCGAGAGGCCUUCCCCGCCAUCCUCGGGCAGGGUGAGGAUCACGAGCAGCCCCCGGCCCGGCUGGUCCUCCACCUUCACGAUGAGCUGCUGUACGAGGUGAGCGAUGCCAAGCUGCGAGAAGUGGCGAGCAUCAUCAAGACCAACAUGGAGGCUGCUGUCAGUUUGUCCGUCCAGCUGCCAGUGAAGAUGCGAGCUGGCCGGUCGUGGGGGUCGCUGACCGACCUCGACGUGUGACUCCGAUACGUACUUACUGUGAUACUUGCCUGUAAAGUGAUGCUUUUUUUACCUGUAAUCUGCUUGCCUCUUUUUCUCGAAUAAGUUGCAUUUAAUGCAGCGUAUUUUGUUUCCACAUUGUCGUGAUUUAUUUAUUAUGUAGUUGGUGACUCACGAUCAAAUUGGAUGUAUUAUUUUUGGGGUGUUAAGUUUCUUCUGGUCUGUAUGCUGUGAAAGAAUCUGUCUUCAUGUAUUUGCAUAUAAAGUGUCUUCUGAGUUCAUAAAUGGAUAAAAUGUUGCGCUGUUAAUUAUUAGUACUACAAUAAUGCAUCAGUUUUAUAUCUACCACUGUAACUUAUUCUUGUAACAUAUUUACAUAGUACUAUAAUUGUCAGAUUUUUUAAAAGUUACUGAAUCAUAUUGUCACAGAAUUUUAUAUCAAUUUUACAGGAGUGGUGUAUUUUUUUCUAGAUGUGGGACUCUGUUAUUGUUAAAUUAUUUUGGAUUUUAUCACAGUUUUCUUUUGUGUGCUGAGUUUCCAGCUAUUUUUAAUUAUUUAAGUAUCAACUAAUAAAUAUUGCUGUUGCAAUCCUGGGUGUAUUAGCAAAAAAAAAAAAACUGCAUUUAAAUGUGUAGAUGAAGAAAAAAUUUAAAUUUGUGAUUUUAAUUUUAUUAAGGACUUAUCUAACAUCUCUCUUUCUCAUUUUUAUAACUUUUGAAAUUAAAUUACCUGAUUUUACUAAACCAGAAUGAUUUAGGUUUUGUAUGGCGAGAAUGUUUUCAUAAAAGGUUAGUUCUUGGAGUGUGUUAAGAGUUACGUAAAAUAAAAUUUAUUUUUUUAAUUUUUUGUAUAUUCAAACAUAUUUUGAUUGCUUGAUUUUCUGAAUCUGCUGAGCGUUCAAUGUGUGCUUCGUAGUUUGGUGCUAUAAUUUAUUUCCUUUGAUUUCUGUAGAAUUAAGUAGAACCUUUUGCACUUUUUGAUUUAACAUUUUCUUAUAUUUUGCAUCAAUUGUCUGUUACUUCAUGCUAUUUGACCACAGUAAAUUCUCUUAUUUUAAAUUCAAUUUGGCAUGAUAUUUUGUGGUCUUUAGUGGGAGAAAUCAAUGUAUCCCCCCCCCCCCCCCCCAAUUCCCCUUCCUAGUACGACUGUGGUCCCCAGAAAAGUGUAAAUAAGUGGUUGGAGUUAUACAUUGUUUUAGCUCUAUUAUGAUUUUAAAAUGUAUCCAAUAUACUUUCUAGUACAAACUGUUUGGUGUUUUACAUUGAACUUCCCUUGUAAAACAUGUUUUUCGCCUGAUGAUAAGGCAACAACAAUAAUGAAUAUUUCUGACACACCACCUCAAAAAUUAAAUGCAAGAUUCUGUGUAAAAAUAUACUCCUUUAUUUACUAAGUAAUUAUGGCAGUAUUUUCAUUUGUUAAUGUUAUAAAUAGCAAAUACAUAAUUUCUAAUAUCAUUGCAAGAAACUUAGUUCAGAAAUUUUACAAAAUUGCUGUUUAAAAUGCUGAUUUCAUGUCCUAAUAUGUAUAGGUACCUAAAGUAAAAAUGUUUUUACAGAUACAUUUGGAAAGCUUUGUACUGCCUUAAUUAACUACUAAAAAGUGGAGGAAGGGGGUUAUUUUACUUAGAUAGCAAUUAUAUGAACAUUUCUAAGGAGUAGAGUUUUACUGUUAAUGAUUUAAACACUCAUGUUGCUUACUAUCAAAUCAGGUUUGUUUCAUGUGUAGAAUAUUUUUAAUGUAUUUAUUUUUGAUGUAUACAUGUUAUAUACUGGUUAUAUGAUUAUAUAUUUUUUUUAAUAAAACUUUUGUAGUAAA